AUGAUUCUUUGUUCAGGAACCGAAUCGGACCCGUCGAACCGGAUCCGAACCUCGCCGUUCAGUUGGGGCUCCUCUGACUCGGACUCCUGGUCAGACGUCCGAGGCGCCGCCGGCCGGCUUCACUUCUUCAGUAAAUCAUGUAAACACAAAAGGAAAGAUUGUUCAGUCAUAUCCGGACGCUUUAUUAAUGGCUCGAAAAUAGUUCAAACUACAGCAGACAGGCAUGAAAGCGAAACCGGAGUCGUUCCUUUUUUCAUUUCCUCAUUGUCGCGCAUUGCUGCUCCACAAUGCAGGAGCGGCGGUAGAAACAUUUGUGGCGAAGCCGUGAGGAAGGAGGCAGAAACACGACCAGUCUGAAAGCCUGCAUGAUAAAAAACGGUUUGAAAUGCUGCAUGUCGCUGGGUCCUGCAUCCCAGCAUGGGUCACCCUUGUAUGCACCUUUAUUAUGAGUGCGUAUCAUUGCACGGCGUCCUUAAAGGCCACCUGCAGCGUGCAGGACGGCAGGGCCGACUGCAGCCAUCGCAGCCUGAGCUCAGUCCCCCAGGAUCUCCCCACCAACAUCACCUCCCUGGAUAUGUCUCACAACAGAAUGACGACGGCUCCCCCAGACUCCCUCAAACGAUACGCGGGACUUUUGCACCUCAACGUCAGCUACAACAGCAUCAAGAACCUGGACGGGGGCCUGUGCAAGAACCUACCUGGCCUGCAGACUCUCAACUUGAUGCAUAACGAAGUCUAUCUACUCAAAAGGGAAGAUUUAAGCCACUGCGUCAAACUUACUCGGUUAAAUAUGGCCAGCAACAGGUUAAAGCUGCAGGAUGAACCCUUCUUCUUGCUUCAGAGCCUGAAGUAUCUCGACGUCUCCAUGAACAAGCUGAAGUCAGCCAUGCUUGGUUCACAGCCUCAGCUGCCCAGCUUGGUAACGCUGGAUCUCGGACAUAAUAGUUUCUCCACUGUGAAAAGAGAAGACUUUUCCUUCCUGAAGCAUUCACCUUCUCUGGAAGUCAUCUCCCUGAUAUCGUCUGUGUCCCUAGAAAAAUUGGAGCCUGGUUGCUUUAAGCCAAUUUCAGGACUACGCAUGUUAUCCCUUGAUGGUAGCCUUAAGGGCAGCUUGUUCAUUUCUGAUCUCUGCUCGGAGCUGUCUGGAACGGCCAUUGGUGUCCUGUCUCUAAGAAACAUUGGGCUGACAAAUCUUACAAACAGGACAUUUUUAGGAUUGAAGGAAACAAACCUAACCUUUCUGGAUCUGUCCUCCAAUCACAUUGGACAAAUUGAAGACGGCUCCUUUCGAUAUCUGUCUAGACUUCAGACUCUUAACUUGACUGGCAACAACAUUAAGCGCCUGACGCCAGGGACCUUUCAAGGUCUUAACCUGUUGAAAAACCUCCAGCUGACUAAAGCGUUAGUGAAAAGCCAGAAAUCCUCUCCUGUCAUUGAAGACUUCUCCUUUCAACCACUAAGCAACCUUGAGAACCUAAUUUUACAGAACACCGUCUUUGUCAAAAUCACGGAAAAUACGUUCAAAGGCCUGACGAGUCUUACAGAACUUGACUUGAGCUGGAGUAGUUACUUACAACCACAAGAGAGAAAAAUUUCCAAUAAGAGCUUCGUCUCUCUUGCAGAUUCACCCCUCAGAAAGUUAAAUCUAAUAGGAAAUGCUUUGGUGGGAAUUGAACCUGGGAGCUUCUCCUGGGCGAAAAAGCUCUCCGUUCUUCUUCUCAGUCGCAACUUUAUCGAUCAAACAUUCAGUGGCAAAGAAUUUGAAGGUCUCUCUCAGUUACAAGAGCUUCACAUAAGUAAUAAUACCCAAAAAAUUGACCUGACCCCUGAGUCCUUUGCCAAUGUGACCAAUCUUAGAGUUCUGUUGCUGGGGAGGAGUCUGAAAGCCGAAACCUUGAACCACGACUCUUCUCCAUUUCGUCCAUUGUCUAACCUCACUGUAUUGGAUCUCAGCAACAACAACAUCGCAAACUUAAGAGAGAAUAUGUUAGAGGGGCUUGAGAACCUCAGGGUGCUGAAGCUGCAACACAACAACUUAGUCCGGUUGUGGAAGAAUGCUAACCUGGGUGGUCCUGUCCUGUUUCUCAAACACACACCGAGGUUGGUAAGCUUUGAGAUGGAUUUCAACGGAAUGGAUGAGAUUCCAACCGCAGCUUUAAGGAAUUUGACCCAACUCAGGCAGCUCAGCUUUAGCAACAAUCUAUUAAACAAUUUACAGGACUCGGUUUUUGAUGAUCUUACGUCCCUUAAGGUAUUGCGUCUGGAGAAGAACUUUAUCACAGCUGUCAGACCAGAAGUGUUCAGAACGCCCAUGAGCAACCUCAGCGUCCUUGUCAUGGGCAAAAACACGUUCGAUUGCUCCUGUGAGAGCAUCCUGUGGUUUGUCAAAUGGUUGAAUAACACUAAUACCAGUGUGCCAGGUCUCAGAGACCAGUAUAUGUGCAACACUCCACUACUUUACUUCAAUCACUCCAUCAUGGACUUUGACCCGCUCUCUUGCAAAGACAUGACCCCAUUUCAGGCCCUUUACAUACUAACCAGCACAGUUGUUCUAAUGCUAAUUUUCAGUGCCCUUAUUUAUCGCUUCCAUGGCUGGAGGAUUCAGUUUUACUGGAACAUAUUGAUCAAUCGCAUACUGGGAUUUAGUGACGCCAAAGUGGAGGAGGGCAGGAAGUUUGAGUUUGACGCUUAUGUCAUGCACGCCGAGGAAGACACUCGCUGGGUGGAGAGACGAAUAAUCCCUUUAGAGAAAAAAACCCAAAUACGCUUUUGUUUGGACCACCGGGAUUCCAUCAUUGGCAUGUCCAAGCUUGAGUCCAUCGUGGUUAAUAUAGGAAAUUCCAGAAAAAUCUUGUUUGUGGUGACCGAGAAGCUUCUCAAAGAUCCCUUGUGUCGUCAAUUUAAAGUCCACCACGCCCUUCACCAGGUCAUUGAAACCAGAAGAGACUCGGCUGUCUUGAUUUUCCUGCAGGAUGUGCCCGACUACAAGUUAUCCCGCUCGCUUUUCCUCCGCAAAGGCAUGUUGCGUCAAAGUUGCAUCCUGAACUGGCCUCCGCAGAGGGAGAGGAUCCCAGCUUUGUACCAGAAGCUUCUCAUUGCUCUCGGAAUGACUAAUCGGCUGCAGGAGUGACUGUUUCUCAGGUUUUGACAGGUUUAGCUGGGAUAAUUAUUGCCUUUAUGGAAUAUUUCUUCCCACUGUGUAAAUAUACUGCUUGUACAUGUCCUGUUCAACAAAGGAGUUUAUGUUUUUUUGUUUAUUUUUGUAGUUGUAUAUAGUAUGGCUUAACUCAACCAAACGACACACUGACGUCCCAUGUCAUAGACGGGGCCCAUCUUGGAGGACAAGCAGAGGGUGUAAUCUUGGGGAUAUAUGAUGGAUCAUUGCGAUGUAUCAAUGUUUUACUUGAAGUUUAUUUGAAAUACUUGAUACAUUUAUGUAGUGAACCAAUUGCUGUUUCAGCAGCAUUGCCAUAAACAACCAGUUUACGUCUCAUCAGGAGAGAAAUGUGUCAGUGGCCUACCAAAAGCAAGACGGGGCCGUUUUUACCAGCAGGGCAAGAUAUUUUAGGGAUCUCAGUUUACUAUAAAGAAAUGGUAUCGUUCAUGUGUUUUUAACAAAUGUAAAAAUCCACAACUUGCCUGGAACCUAAAAUACCGUAAUCCUAAAUCCAAUUGCCAAGCCACCCUAAGAACAAAUUUGCCAAUAGUGUCUACAUUUAUUUGGAAAUGUUUGUGUUUGGGACAAGAUGUUGCUCUCAGUCAAGCUUUGUAAAAAGACACCCGUCUCACAUUAAUAUAAAUAUGACCUGUAGGUUUUGGCCUGGUUAUAUCCAUAAAAAUAACAUCCAAUAAAGUUUUUUUGCAUACAUGUCAAGUGGAGCACAAUAGCAAAAGCAUUAAUGCUCCACCUGUGAAAGUAAAUCUGUUGGGUUCUCUUUGGCAUUAGGGAAGCAUUUCUUAGUGCUACACAGUCAGACUGGACUGAAAAGUUUUGUAGGUGGCAGCUUUUAAAUUGGAUUGUCGGGUUAUUGCUCUGUUCUGUAAAUCCUCCAGAGUGGCGAACAAGAAGUUCGCUGACACAAUAAAACCAAAUUAUUUGUA